AUGAGUAAUUCAAAGAAUAGUAAUAAUAGCAAUAAUAAUAAUAAAAGUGGUAACUCACCUAUAUAUAAAUCGAUAUUCAAAAAUACGUUAACGAAUGAUGAAAAUGACUCAUCGACACUCAAUCAAAAUGAGAAUUCAAUGAUGAGUAAUAACAAUAGCUUUAAUAUAUCUUCAUCGAAUAUCGAUAUGAUGUCGAAUAAAUCCGAUUCGAUAUCGUCCGAUAGUUUCUCACCAACGGAAUUCCCAUUCUCCUAUCAGUCGAGACGUAGACUUUCGUUCGUUCCGAAAUCAACUACACCACCAGAGGCAAGAACAUCGCCACAAGUCACAACGGCACCACCCAGAUCUUCGUCGAUGUCGAAAAUUCAAAUAAGAGAACCGAUUCUCUCGGUGGACGCAUCGAUCAUCCCAACCUACAAAUCGAGCAUUCUCGCUUCGUCAACACUCGAACAACACUCACUGGCAAUCCCAACCAAACUACCACCCAGAGCCAAUAGUAACAAUAAAUUAUUGGAACCCGUUUUAUCUGAUGAUGAAGAGGAAGAUGAUGAAGAUGGAGAUGGAGUAGUGAAUCAUGUUGAUAAUAGUGAGGAGGAAGAAGAUAAAGAGAAAGAGGAUGAAGUAGAAGAAGAAGAAGAAACCAAAGAGAAUCAAACUGGGGAUGAAACUCAAAUUAAUACAAUUGAUGGUCCAACUAUCAAUAUUCAACCAAUAGUUGGAAUAGUAACGGAUAAUAAUGAUGAUAAUAAUAUUAAAGAAAGCAAUAAUAAUAGUGGUAAUAGUAGUAGCAAUAGUAAUAAUAGUAAAGAUCAAAAGACAAAGAACGUAUCUUGGUCACUUAGUAGUACUGAAUCUUCAGAAGAACCAGUUAAUAAAACAAUCAAUAGUGAUGACAUUGUACCAGAAACACCACCAGAUUUAUAUCAAUCCAUGAAUAAUAAUGAUCCAACUCUAGCUAUUGAAUCAAUAACCAAUAAUAGUAAUAACAGUAACAAUAAUAACAAAAUAACAAACAAUAAUCAAGAUACAACAAAUAUUACAACGACAACAACAACUACUACUACAAACAACAAUAAUAUUAUUAACAAUAGUAAUAAUAAUAAUAAAGUAGAAAGUAGUCAUAAAUCAUUGAAUACAGAAAGAGAUUUAAUAGAUCAGUUGAUAGAGGAACCAAACAUGACACAGGCUUUGACAAAUGAUGAUCAAUCUGAUAGUUUGGAUGCGGGUGAGUUCAUUUCAACCAUUAAGAAGAAGAAUGAUAGUGUAGACUGUUUGUAUUCCUAUCACAAGCUAAACCAAGAGAGAAUAGCAAUCAAGCAGCAAAAGAUGGAGCAACACUCAAAGAGAUCAUUUAUGACAAUGGAAGAGAGUACUUUUAGUGGUAACAGUCAUAAAGGAGGAGACGAUGAAGACGAAGACGAAGAUAUCGGAGAUUCAUUUAUUGAGAAGAAGACAAAGUUGUCGAUUACAGUGGAUCCCAAUGGUUUUGGUAUUAACAGUCCAAAGAAGAAGAAUAAUAAUAAUAAUAAGAGUAGUGGUCAAUCACUCAAGUGCAAGAUAUCACCAAUCAAAAAGAUCGUCAACAAAUCACAGCCAAAAGGAAAGAAUUUGAAAACAUUGACACUUCCUUCAGUAAUCAAAGGUUUAGAUUUAGAAAAUGAUGAAUCCAGUGACAACCAAACCAAAACCAACACCAAUACCAACACCAAUACCAACACCAACUCUAAACCAACCAAUAACAAUGACGACGACUUUUUAGAAUCACCAAUAUCACCGCCACCUGUAACAAAUAGAAAGACUGCAUUCAAAUCUUUAGAAUCAAAGCCGACAACCAACAAGAAAUCAGUUGUAAAAGAGAAAAAGAAAGCAACACCAAUUAAAAAGAAGAAUAAUAAUGAUAAAAAGAGUAAAAUCAAAAAGAUAUUUAAGAGAACAGAAGAAGAAGAUGAUGAUGAAGAUGAAGAUGAAGAAGAGGAGGAGAAUGAAGUUGAAGAAGAAGAAGAAAACAGUGACGACGAUGACUUUAAAAGUAGUAAUAGUGAAGAUGAAGUAAUAGUUAGGAAAAAAGUUUAUUUGAGAAAGUCACCUCAAAUAAAAAACAAGAAGAUUUUAAGGAAGGUGGAGAAGCUAUCGAUUUCAGAUGAAGAAGCAACAGUACCAAAGUCGAAACUAAGACUAAGAAGGUCAACAACAAAAGCCAAAAUUAGAGUAUAUAGCCAAGAGGAUGAAGAUGAUGAUGACGAUGACAAACAAGAGACAGACCUAGAUACAACCAAAGAAGACGAUGAAAUCGAACAGAGUGACAACGUUGAUGAUGAUGAUGAUGAUGAUUCUUUUGAAGAGUCAUGCGAAGAGAGUGAUCCUGAACCACCAAGAAGGAAUAAGAAUAGUAUGAAGAAUGUAAUGAGAAGACAAGUCGAUACCGAUGAUGAAGAAGAGGAUGAGGAUGAGGAUGCCGAAACUGAAGAUGAAAAGGAGAAUGAUGAUGAUAGCGAUGGAGAAAUCAAGAGAAUAAAGGUUGUAGUCAUACCUAAAUCACAACAAUCUCAAACCAAACUAGUUAAAACACCAGUGAGAUCGUCUAGUCGAUCAAAGCUUACUCCUACACCUUCAACACCUACAACACCGGCAACACCCGUUAGAAAAUUAACAUUCACCCCUCCAACAACAUCAAUCAAGUCAGCUUCCAAUAGCACACAAUCAUCUACAUCAAUAUCAUCUUCAUCUUCAUCACAGAGAACACCUAAAACAUUCAGUAGAAAAUCAACUAUACUCAAAGGAUAUACUUUCUUGACAACCAAAGUAACUGAUAACUCUGAAAAUCCUGAAUUGAACGUUACCAACUUGGUUCAAACAAUGUCUGGUAAGAUACCGACAAUGCACGACUUCUUUUCUGCCUAUGCUAAAUCAAAAGACCCUUCUAAAUUUGUUGUCGUAUCAAAGCAAUCAGAGACUACACUCAAGUACAUUCGUGCAUUAAUUGCAGGUGUAACUUGUGUAAAUCAAAAGUGGAUCUAUGAUUGCUACAAAAAAGACAGCAUCAUACCAAUGAAUGGUUAUCUACUACCAUCUGGUUAUUCAAUACCAAGUGGAACAUUUGUACAUUUGAAACAACCAUCAAAAUAUAUAUUUUCAAAUCAGAGAAUAGAGAUUAUAAGUGAGAAUAAAUUGUUUAAAGAUGAAUGGGCUACCAUUAUAAAGUUGCUCGGUGGUAUAUAUGUAAAGAGAUUGGUGCACAACAACGAUCGAAUCGACAUAAUUCUCUCCGAUGGCUCAGAGUUGAGUGCCACCAACAAGAAGUACUCUGAAGUUCUAGGUAUUCCUCAAGUGACCACCGAAUGGAUUAUUCAAUCGAUUUUAGAACAAGGGAUGUUACCAUUCGGAAAGAUCACAUCAUCACAGUCCUCACAGUCUUCACAGACAUCUCAAUCCUCGCAAAACAACAACAAUAACAAUAAUAACAACAACCAAAAAUAA